AGUGCUCAAAGCAGGACAGCCCAGACGUAGUCUGCCAUGCAUAUCAAGAUUAGCAAGCAGGUGCAAAUCGAGACCAGAUUUUCGGUGGCGCAGCAUGCCCUUCUCGUUCUCAUCUUCGUCUACUACUUCGCAUAUUUGGUGCUCUUCAAGGGCUCCCACCUAGAGCUCACGGAGCCCAGCAGCGAUUACCGGCUGGAGCUGGUGACCCCCACCAAGGACUGCUCUGAGUGGUCUGUAGGCUGCGAGCCCAACCUCCAGAGGCUGGAGGAUCUGCCCUACUGCAAGCAGAGCGAGCUUCCGGCGCUCCAGAAGAUUCGGUGCCGCUACUGCUCCUCAUCCUUCCUGCAAAACAUGCACGGCAGGGGGAUCUUCCUGCCCACAAAGGUGGAGCACUUUUUGCGACACCGGGACAUCGAGUCCGACCAGUCCUUUGACAAGGAGCACCCGCGCCUGGAUAGCUUUUUGUACCGCAACGGCACGAGACAAGGCUCACUGGGAGAGCCUCCGAAUCAGAGAGCCAGGCCUCUCUUCAAGUUCUUCGUGGCAGAUUUGGAGAGAUACAAAUUGAGGGUGGGCCACUCUCUCAACAGGAACAGCGGCGAUGAUAUCGCCUCCUCUGCGAUGCUGGGAUUCUGGAGACGUCCCAGGCGUAGAAGCGAUUCGUGGAACCCCAUGGACUUGUUGAAUCGAAAACCUGACGUGGCGCCCAUCAAGUGCAUGAACACCUCCACGUUCCGCUGCCCCGACGGGGCGCCCAUCUACACUUUCGGCGCUGCUCCAGUGGGCAGUGACCCCGACGGCCAUGCUGCCUCGUCGAGCUCGGCGUUGGAGCUGCAGCGGCAAAAGCCCAGGCGUGGUUUCAACCGGCUGAAGCACCAGCUUGCGUCGCUGGAGCCCAAAGAGGCUGACGCGACCUCGACUUCAGCGCCAGAGAGGUGGGAGCCCACGAAGCUGGAUUUUAAGAUGCCCCUGGCCACGCAGACCGGGGACUUGUUCUCCCUGAAGCUGCUGAUGGACUACGCCAACGUGAGCCUGGACCAGCGGAUGCCGGGCGAGAACCAAACCAUCCGCGCCUGCGGGCUCACGCUGCUGCUGAGCGUGGACUAUAGCAACCACCGGCCGUGGCUCGGCCUGCAGGUGACUCCCUUCAGCGACGUCAAUCCCACCUACACCUACCACGUGGAGAGUUUACACUCCCCAUGCAUCGGCCGGCCUUUGCAGUCGGUGCAGUUUGCCCCAACCGACGGACCCAAUCGCACCACCUUGAUGGAGUUCGGUGUCGACGUGAUUAUUGCUCAGACCAGUACCAUCAUGGUUUGGAGCACUAUGCAGGCGAUCAUCUCCUUGACGGCCUUCACCUCGCUGGUGGGCCUGGUGGGUAUCUUGAUGGACUACCUCCUGCGGCUUUGGUUCGGCCAGCGCUAUUUGGACCUGAAGAUUGAGCAGAGGUCUCUGUCCGCGAGGGAGGACUGCGCGCAGUCAGCCGAAAGCUGAAACUUUGAGCUGCAGCUUGCUGAGUGAAAGAUCAAAAAGCGCCAGCUCCCAAAAAGUCUG